GCUGUCAUGGCGGCGCCCUGAACGCUCGAGCUUCGGAGACUCAAGUAUCUUUAUAGCAACAUAAAAACCAAGCCGGGUAUCAGAGCAGGCUGCAGUCAUGACGCUCAGUGACCUGCCGAAGUGGAAUAAGAGAGCGGCAGCAGUGUAUGCCUUUGGCAUCUGGACCAUGAUAGGUUCCUACGCAUAUUUCAGAUACACAGGUCGCUAUGAGGACAAGCCAGUGACAGAAGAAGUGGUGCAAGAGCAGGAAGAUCCAGAUCAAGUCGUCCACCAGACACUUCACAGCAAAACCAUCCUCACCUACAAGAAAGACUUCGUCCCAUACAGCACAAGGAUCUACAAUUUCAUCAGAUCAUUCAGCAGUGAACCUGGGACUGGAGGCGAUGAAAAGUAGCUGCCUCAGGGCAAAGGACACACGACUGGAGGUUUACUCUUGUCGAGAGUAAAUCCCUAUGAUGAGGAAGGAAUUUAUGCUUUUGUUCAAAGACAUUACUGUAAUUUGUAAAGAAAAUUCCAAGGGGUGUCUAUCCAAGCUGCCUGUGUGUUUGGAUGCCAAUGGACUGUCACUGAUGAUGUUAUAUUAGUGAAAUAAUAUAAAAUAUAUUAUUACAACAAUAUAACAUGACCACCAUGUAAAGUUGCCACAAUGUUUAAAUAAAGCUAUGUUUAAACAUAAGUUUAGAUUCCCUUUGACUUUAUUGGUAUAAUAAGUAUCUGAGUGUCUUUAUAUAAUUUAAGGCACUAUCAUGAAAGUCAUAGGAGGUUGUGCUUUCAGCCUGGUGUUAGCUUAGAAAAGUUUUGGCAACAGAUAUCGCAGUAUUCUGAAUGAGGACUGAUAUAACAGUCUUGAAAUAAAUACUUCUUAUGUGAAA